UCGGCUUGACAGGACGCACAUGUUAGAGUUGCGUAGCUACACGAAUAAUAUCAAAUACCACUGAUUUUGUAUGAAAAUGGGUUUGCUAGAAGAAUCUUCGAGGUUUUAUGAAUGGACUAAAGAAACAAAGGAUCCAAGAACAAGAAACUGGUUCCUGUUGAAUGAUAAUCCUAUUUAUGUAAUACUUAUCAUACUGGCUUACUAUUUCAUAGUAUGGCAAGGACCAAAAUUUAUGAAGAAUAGAAAACCCUAUGAAUUACAGACAUUUAUGAUUAUAUAUAAUUGGUUUCUAGUUAUAUUAUCAGCUUAUAUGACAUUUGAAAUAUUGUACAGUUCAUACCUAAUAGGAUAUUUUAGUACAAGUAAUCCAUUCUGUGCUAAAUACAAGCAUUCAGAAGCUUACAAAGAUCCUAAAGAAAUGAGGUUGGCCAAUGUCCUAUACAUAUAUUUCCUGUCUAAAAUUUUGGAGUUUAUGGAUACAUUUUUAAUGAUCCUGAGAAAGAAGGACAACCAGAUAACCUAUCUACAUGUAUAUCAUCAUAGUUCUAUAUUGAUGGUCUGGUGGAUAGUUAUGACAUAUAUGCCUGGAGGACAGUCAUGGAUGUCAAGCAGUAUGAAUUGUUCAGUACAUGUAGUCAUGUAUGCUUAUUAUGCUUUAGCAGCUAUUCCUUCCAUGCGGUCAAAAUUAUGGUGGAAAAAGUAUAUUACUAAAUUUCAGCUAACACAGUUCACGCUUAUUCUAUUACACACAUUACAGAGUGCUUUUACACGUUGUGAUUUUCCAAAGAUUGGAGAGUAUAUGUUGACUUGUUACAUGAUUUCUAUGUUAAUAUUAUUUGGUAAUUUCUACAUGAAAUCCUAUAAUCAGAGACAGAUGGAUAAAGCAAAGAAAGAUGGUGUGAAUAUAUCUAAUGGCAGUAGGAACAGUCAUUCUAAUGGCCUUACCAAUGGUUAUGCAAAAUUAGAUUGAACAUAGUUUUAUCUUAGUUGAUAGAAUGACAUAAGAAUGUAAUAUUUUACAGUUGAUAAAUGAAAUUCAGUAUCGUUUUCCAAAUUAACCUUACAGGGUAUUGGUAUCAUGUACUUCAUCAACCAUUAUAAAUAUUUAUCAUAAAGACUUUUGACUCAGUAAAUUUGAAAAAAAAGUGAUAACAUUUUUAAUUAUUUAUUUUUACUUGAAUAAGAUUAAGAGGAAAUGAUAUGAUUUUCACUCAUGAGUCAUCUGUAAAAUGGUAAAUGUUCAUAUGUUAUUCUCUUCAUUGAAAUUAAAACAAAUUGAUUUAAUUUGCACUUAAUUUUUCUUUUGUGGUCACAAAAAUCUUCUUCAUUUUGAAAGAGUUUACUAGCAACCCUUUAGGUCUGUUUAUAUGCAUCACAAUUUAAAAUAAUGAAUAUGCUUUUAAUCAGAUCACUUAUUUAUUAGAACUUGUCAAAAUGUAUCACCAGACAGAUUGAAUGUAAGUUUGUCCACUGGUAUACAAAGGGACAUAAUUCUAUAACUUGCCAUUACAUCUGCUGUUAUAGACAGCUAGUUUUGUAGAUUUCAAUGAUUUUUGAAACACUUGGUCAAAGGAGUUGAAGAGAAACUCAAUGAUAAAUAUUUCUACUCCUUCAAAAAAUAAUUUCUGUUAUAAUUGUGCAAUUUCAGAAUCAUUAUUUUUUAAGAAGAUUUUAAAUAUGCAUUUUUCUGCAUAAUAAUUCUACAUUUCUACAACGCAUAAUUUCUUCACAUAUAAACAGUUUAAAACAUUUUUACUGUUUUUAUGUCUUAAAACAAUGUCUACCAAAGUUGUCCAAUCAUAAAUGAUAAAUAAUAUAAUUUCAACACAAGCAUACAAAUUGUAAUAGAUUUUACCAAUGUAAAGUGUCCUAUAUAUACCGAAGGCUUGAGUGCAUACUUUAUGAAUUCUAGUUAUUACUGUCAGUUAUGUCAUUAUCAAUUCUUACUAUUGUAUGAGUAGAAAUUUGUUUAUUAUAUGUGUUAUUGUAUAUCUUUAUGUUAUGUACAUUUAUCUUCGUUAAAUAAGUUCUGAUGAAAUACUGUAGGCUUAAAAAAAAACUGAUAGACUGAAGAAAGAGUAUUCAAUAUUAAAAAUUUCUCAAGUCUGAUAGCAGUAAAAUUAUUAUAAUACUACAAUACUGGGUCUAGCUUUAGUACUUUUCUAAUACAAUGAACUUGGGGACAAUUGUGCCAUAUUAUUUUAAAAAAAACCCAACUUAUUGCCAUAUUAAAACCAUUUGUAGUGUAAACAAAAAGUUUGAAAACAACAAAAGUCACAAUUUUUAUUAUAUGUUUGGCUUUCUAGAUUAUUUGUGUGUGAUAUAGUAGAUUUGUCAUUUUUAUCAAACAAGCUCAUCAGUGAUAGUUAAAUUUUGUAAUUUUUUGUAAAAAUAUUGUAUAAUGCCUAAUUUUGUAGGAGUCAUUUGUUCCAUUAUAAUGAGCGUAUACCUUAAUUUAUUACAGUCUAAUAAAGAAAUAUACAUAAUGAAUAUUCAUGUGAAACAUAUAUCAUGUAAUUGUUUAUACUUGCUGUUGUAAUUGUCUUACAAAUAGUGUGCCUUUUUUAAGAACAUGCUAUAUUUUUUUUACUUAGCAUACAACCAAGUCCCAGGGUUUUGUUUUUGGUUGUUUUAAGUAUUUUGUGCUUCCAUGCAUUCCUUUUACCUCCCAUCACCCAAAUGGAUAUGUGUGCUAUUGCCAUCACUUGCUAUUUGUCACAUGUAUUUAUCCAUCACUCACUUAUAUAGUUUUUACUUGUUCUUUCUUGUGAACUUUUACUUUAAACCACUGAAUUUAUUGAAAGGACUUAAGGCCGUUUUGACAUUUCCUCAUGGUUUGUUGCCAUGGUAACUUGUAAAAUAAGAUUUUUUCAAAUUUUCCUUCUGCAUGAACCAUGUUCAAGUUACCUUUUUAGUACAUAUGAGUUGAUCAUUAUGAUGACAUAUAUGUUGACUAGAUUACUUAAUGACAAUAAAUUACCAUGUUAACAAUCUAGAGGUUCACAAUAAGUUAAUAGAUAGAUUCUCAUUGAUUUUGUCACAAACAAAAAGUCGUAAGUGUAACAUUAUAUAUAUCAAUAUCUUUUAUUUAGAGGUAUUUUACUUUGUUAGUUUUUUUUAUGUGUUGUUCACUAGUUUUGCAAUUCUUUUAAAUGUUCUUAGUUUUUGCAUUCUAAAUUUAUGCAGUUAAAUUUCACUUAAAAGGUGCAAUGAUUAUGAGCCAGUUUAGAAAAUGAUUAUAUCGUUUCUAAUUUGACAAAAAGUCAUUGACAAAAAUCCUUUAAGUUGACUUUCUGAAUUGGUCCAUUGUAUUAAUCUGCUUUUCUAUAUAGAUAACUGAAUUGUAGUUCAAAUUUUUUAAUAGAUAAAUUAUGCCCAUUGAAUAUUAAAAAAAGGUGUGUUAUUGUUCUCCAAUUAAAUUCAGUGAUACAAAACUUUCAUAUCACAAUGUCUCAAAUGAGUUUAAUAAUCAUGAAUAUUUGGUGAAGUAUGUUAUAUAUCAAAGAAUAACAGGAAGUAAAAACAUUAGAAAAUAACAUAAUGGUAUAGGAACACUGCAAUUCUGCUCUCAGUAUAUAAAUACUGAUCAGAAACACAAUGUUUUCUUUAUCUUAAAAUCAAGAGUUCAGUGCUGAACCAAUUUAGUACUAAAACAAUCAAAAUAUCUGAAAAAUAACUUUUGUAAGUGUUUAUCUUAUGAAAAUACUUAGGUAAACAAAAUGAAUUUCGAAAGAUUUUUCAGGACUGUUAUGUUUGAUUAUUUUGAUUUUAGUAUUAAAACUCAUCAAAAGAUACCAGGCUUAUAAUUAUAUAUAAAACAUUAUUCCGUCAUAUCAUAUACUGUAGAAAGUAGCUUUUAUUCUGAGACUUAAUACUUUGCUGUAUAAAUACUUUCUAUCAAAGACUAGAUAUUGGCUUUGGUUCUGCUUUAUCUUAGACUUGCUCUUUAGCUUUAUAAAUACUUUCAUAUUUGCUUUAAUUCUGCGUGUUCUUAGACUUGUUUUAUAAGUUUUUUUUUAUGUCCCUUCAUGAUGUGAUUAGACAGUAGCCCUCCAUUGUACAGUUUAGUAGUCCUCCAUAUACACUUUAGUACUACAGUCAUUAGAAAUAAAUGCUGAUAGGCUGACCAUAUACAUUUCCAAAAGUAAUUUGUGUUACAAAUUAUCAAGAAUUUUUCACGUAAUAAUAAAUAAUUGACUUACAUGACAUCAUUCCUCUACAACUGUGUGUAUGGUCAGUAACAAGGCAUCAUUUCCAUAAUCAUUGAUCUCUUUAUGGUUUUUAUGCUUUUUUAUUUUAAUAUUUUUUAUAUCAAUUAUUGUAUAAAUGUGUUUAUGAUUGUUUCUUUCUAUGAUUGUUAAAUUAUUAUUGUAACUUAUUUCCUUUAAUUAUUUUCCUAUUUAUAUCAAAAUUUACAGACUAAACUUGCAAAAUUGAAAGUUUUCAAAAUAAUUGAUGACCACAUAUUUGUAUUUUGAAUAGACACAGGAUAAUGUUAGAAAGUGCCUAAUAUUUCUGUAAAUGUAUUGAGGACAAGUUCCAUUUCAAUCUUGUGUGCCCUGCAAAUAGAAACUUGUAAAAUUUAUCAAACAAUAUUAUUGGCAUAAGCAGAGUGUGUUGAAAUUGAUACAGUAGUAAAGUCUAUGUAUGAUUUGACUUUUUAUACGCCCGUUUACGGGACGUAUUAUGGUAUACCACUGUCCGUCCGUCCGUCAUCAACAUUUUGGACAAUAACUCAAAAAUGCUUUGAGCAGUUUUCAUGAAACUUUAGUGAAUUGUUAAUAACUAUUGUCGUGAGCUCCCUUUCAAUUUUUAUAAAUUUUGGAUUUUACGUUUCCAAGUUGUGGGGUUUUAUUCAUUAAAAAAGGGGGAUUUUCCAGUUCUCAGACAAUAACUCAAAAGUUCUUUGAGCAGUUUUCAUGAAACUUUGGUGACUGGUUUAUAUCUAUUAAAAUAACCUCCCUUUAGUUUUUUAUAAAUUUUUUAUAUGACAUUGAGGAGUAAUGGAACUUUAUUCUUGUUAAAGGGACGGGCGUAUCAUGCGCUCAUGGCGCAGCUCUUUAUUAAGAAAAUUUAUUGUUUUUGCUUUUAAAAUUAAUUAACAUUCUCUGUCUGCAUGUUUAUUACAAAUAUUACUUUAUGUACCUGGUGAGUUGUAAAGCUCUUAAGCUUAAGGUAAUAAGAACAAGUAUAAUAGUUAAAAAAAAAAAAUAUUUAUUUAUGUAUAUUUGAUUUUCUUCAAUGUAAUUUUUUAAGGCCACACAAAUGCAAUCCCUGCAAUGUUUUCCCCCUUAGGAAAGUUAACCCAUUUAAAAAUACUGAACAAAGCAGUCAUGUAGAUCCUGUACUAUUUCACUGAAUUUUACAAUAUCAUUUCAUACCUUCAUUUUUACAGUAUCAUCAUUUAAUAGAAGUUUAUAUCAGUAUUAAAAUGUAAAUAAUUGUUUCAUGAACCUGAGUUGGGUGUAGACAUCUGAUAUUGAAAAAACACUAGCAUUGGUCCCAUUAUUGCAAAGAUAAAUAAAAAAAAUAUUUUCAGUACAUGAAACCUAAAUGAUAAAUAUUCUCUUUUUAAAUAAAAAACUUAUGGAUAUUUUAUAACCAGUUUUGGAAAUGUCAAACUUCAACAGCGUUGCAGAAUUUGGUAACUAAAAUAUUACAUUUAAAAUUUUUUUUUUUACCUUUGAACAUUUGUUGUCAAUGGGAAAAAUUGAUGAAUUAAAUCAGCAACAUUGCUGAAUUCUGAGAUGAUUUGAAUUACUAACAUAACCAAUGAUAAAUAUGUACUAAAAAAGAACAAAAUGUAUACAAAAAAGAGCAAACAAUGGAUCUUAGACAGGUUCAAACUCAUAUCUGGAGAUUACUGGUAAUAUCAAAUCCAUUAAAAUACACUAGACAAAAUUUUAAGUUAUGUAAAUAAAGUAGGUUUGUAGGAAAAGUAACUACUAUAGGAUAUACUGUAAAUUCAGAAAUUAUGGCAAGGUUUUUAUUAAUGCGAAUAUUGCGACUGGGCGAGUAGGAACAAUAAUAAGAACAUUUUGAUAUCUGACACAUAUACCUGUAUGCAGAUUUUCCUGAAAUCGCAAUAAUUAAUCUUGCAUCUUUGUCCAUUCUUCAAAAAUCGUAAAAAUAAAUGAAAUGAAUUUACAGUAUAUCAUUGGUCUUUGUGGUGGUUCUACACUCAGAUGAUAUCAGGUGCUGAAUUCACUGUACUUAUUGCAUGUUUGAAAUGAAGUAUUUCUGCAAAAAUAGAUGAUAAACUUUUGUACUAUUUAUAUAUGUACGUAACUUUGUAUGAAAUAUUUGCACAUCUGUUUUUCAAAGAAAAUCACAGGAUAAUCACUAUAUAAGUGUUUUACCAUCAUGGGUUUUAAAAAUCAAAAGAUAAUUAGUUACUUUAUUUUUCAUACUACAGUAAAUAUAAUAGUUUGUAAAAGAAUGAUUGGGGAUGAAAAUAAUUUCUCACCUGAUGCUUACAUUUCUAUAUUAGUUCUAUUUCUUAGAUGGUCAAUGAAAUCAGAACAUUGUGUAAACAGUUAGAAAACUAGAUUUUAUUGUUUUUGUUGAACAUGGUCAUUCAAAUUUAUUUAAAGAAGUAGAUAUGCCACCAACCAAGACCUGAAUUUCUUGGCAAAGCCAAAAAAAUCUCAGUAAGAAAUAUUUAAAAGGGACAUAACUCUAUAUCAGAGUUUCUUGUUCAUGUUUUUUUUUUUUUUUUUUUUUUUUGAUCUUAUUAGAUAGUCAUUUUAAAGAAUAUAAGAAAUUGAAACAAUGUCUAUUUUGAAUAUUAUGGUAUUUAAAAGGUGAAAAUGUCAAAAUUGAUUUAUAUAUAGAAAUGAUAAUUAAAUUUAUAAGCAUAUUUAAAUCUAUAAAAUCUGUGAUACCUCAGAACAAUUAGUGCUGGUACUUUUGUCAUUGUUGCUUAUGAAGAAGCAAAAAAGAACUGUUCUUUUGUGAUUUUGUUUGUUAUGUUUGUUUCCAAUAUCAUGUAUUGUUAUUUGAUCUAUAAAAGGUCGUUUAUUGCUAUCACGUCGGCGUCGUCGUCCGAAGUCAUUUGGUUUCCGGACAAUAACUUUAGAUUAAGUGUAUCGAUCUCUAUGAAAUUUAACCAAAAGGUUCAAUACCACAAAAGGAGGGGGGCAAUUUUUUUUUCCUUAAGAUUUAAGAAAUUGUCAAUUUUUGAAAGAAAAAUUGGGAGUCACAAUUUAAUUUGCUAAUUCUUUGUAUAUAGUCUGAAAACAGAUUUACUAAGUAUUGCGCAACAGCACAGUGUAUUGCACAACAGCAAGAAAUCUUCAAUUGAAUAUAAAUUCAAAUCAUAUAACCAAUUUCAAGUUCUUUGACUACAUUUAUUCUGUGUCAGAAACCUAUAAUGUGUCAAAUAUUUAAUUAUAAUCCAAAUUCAGACCUGUAUCAAUCUUGAAUAUUGUGUCCAUUUUUGCCCCAACUGUUCAUGGUUGGACCUCUGCAGUCGUUUACAGCUGCAAUCGGCGAAGCAGUUUAUUUAGAUUCAGAUGAUCAUAAAAAAUGUUUUGAAAUUUUUUCGUAAAAUGUCUAAUUUGGAAAGUGAUAUUUUUUAACAUUUUGAAUUAUAGAAAGUGUGUAGUAUGGAUGAGAACUGUAUGUUAACAUGGAUUUUAUUGGCAUAUUCUAAUUUAUGAAUACUUUGAAUUUUGACUUGAUGAAUUUUGGCCUAUUCAAAAAAAUGUUAAGAACCUAAGUUGUUAGAAAA